AUGAAUUCACCCUUUCGUAUUUCAUCUCCUAAAAGAUCAUCAGCAUGUAAAAGUGAAUGUAAUUAACAUCUCUUUACAAACCAUAAACGUAAAUCUCUUAUAUUAUUCAAUUAAGUCAUCUUAAAAAAACCAAAAGAUAAAGAAAAGCUAGAAGAAACUAUUAUUCAUCUCAAAUUAUAAAUUAAUGUCUUAAAUGAUGACAAUACUAAACUUAAAUUUGAAAUUCAACAUCUCCAAGUAACCUUUUUCAUUUAAUUCAAUUAGAAAUAAAUCAAUAAAUAAGAAAAAGCAUUAUAAAUCAACAAAAAACUUCAUAAUGAUUCGUAGAUCUAAACUCAAUAUAGUAAUUACACUAAAACAUUAAGUGAAGAAAUUAUUAAUUUUUCAUCUUAAACAUGCUCUCUUAUUGCUUAUUCUAAAUAAAUCAAAGAAUUAUAAAAUACUAUUUAAUAAAAAAAUCAAUAAAUUGAAGAUUUAAAAAGAGAUACUAGAAAAACUAGAUAUACUGAAUUGCAAGUAUUUUAAUCCAUUUUAUAAUAGGUUUAAUAUUAAGUUAUUUAAUAAGAAUAUGAGGAAUUAUUAAAGAAAUAUUAAGCUUAAAGACAUCUCAGGUAUUAUCAUAUUUGAUUGUUAAUCUAGUUAAUUUGCAAAUGAUGAUGAGUUAAACAAAGAUAAUAUUUAUCUAUCAUAAUAACUUUAUGAUAAUUAAUAGCAUAUAUAAUAAUAAAAUACAAAAAUUAAAAAACUUGAAACUGAAUUACAUCAAAAUAAUUUUAAAAGAUAAUAGUUUGAAAAGUUAGUUUAAGAAAAAGACAGAGAAUUAAGUUUAACUCAUUUUGAAUAUAGUAAUCCUAAGAAAACUAUUGCUGAUCUUAAUAAAUAAUGGUAAUAACAAUUGGAUCUAUAAUUUAUAUCAUUUCAGAGAUAGGAAUAAAUAUUGAUUAAUAAGUAAUAGCAGAUAGCUGAAUUGGAGAGGAAAAUAAUUGAUUUAGAGCAAUAAUUAUAAUAGAAGGAUUUUUACCAUAAAAAAGAUAUUGAUAAUUUACACUUAGUUAUAGCUACUUUAAAAGACUAAAUCUUUUAGUUAGAGAAUGAAGAUAAAAGGAAAUCUCUACCGGUAAUAGAUUAACCAAAUGAAUCAUCAGAUAGAAAUAAAAAACAUGCUUCUGUAAUAAUAAAUAAGAAACGGAUUUAGAAAGUUAAUUAUCAUGAAAUCUCUUAAAUGUUAUUAGAAUUAAGAAUAAAAUUAAAAUUAAAUGAAAUUCCUUUUAUUAGAUUAGAUUAGUAUAUUUAUUCGAAAUCUGUUAAAGGAUGUUUAGCAUUGUCAGAUUUAAUUGAAACUUUGAAAUAGUAACCUUUUGAAUUGAAUGAUGAAUAAGCAACAUUGAUUGCUAGAUUCGUUAUAGAACCAGAAUAAGAGGAAUGGAUUUAUUAUGAUUUAAACUGUACGAAUGAUAUAGUGAUUUCAAUAAGUAUCUUCAAAAAUCUCAUAAAAGGAUAUGAAUUAAUUUCAUAUGAUGAGCAUAAAGUUCUGUAUAGUCAAUUAUGUUAAGUAUGAAUCAUUUAGAUGUUUAGAUGAUGAAACAAAAUUAAAAUAGAAUAAUAUCUUAUUUGUAAUUAUAGGGAGAUCAUUGUAGUGUUUAGGAAUUCAAGAAAGCUCUUGAAUACAAUGAUGUGAAAUUAUCUCUAAAAUUAGAAGAUUUAUUAAUGAUGAAGAUCUAUGAAUAAUUUAAACAAGUAAGUAAAUUGAAAUACUCUAUAAUAUUUGAUAUAUUAAAAUGA